AUGCCUACAAAAACAUCUGUAUCAUCAGGUUUACAAAAAGCAUUUAGUAAAUAUUCUAAAUUUGGUAAAACUCAAGCACAAUUAAGUGAUCAUUCUGUACUUCGCAUCGGUUCAGCUGCUAUACAAAAAAUGAUGAAAGAUUGCUCCUUAAUUGAUACAAAAUAUACAUCACAAUUAUUAGAUAAUGAUAUAGCACGUGUUCUUGGAAAAUUAACAAUCGGUUCCAAUGAAGCUAAGUCAAUUCAUUAUCCGAAAGGAACAAAAACCUUUGAAAUUAAAGGUUUUAAAGCAUUAAUUGAUUGCAUUGCCGAGUCUAAAGGUGUAAGCCACGAUGAAAUCUUAACUAAAAUCAAUGCAAAUGAAGGUCCGAGUCUUAAUCACGUUACUGAAACAACCAAUAGACAAAUAACUGAUCGUAUGACGGACACCACACAUUAUACAGGCACGCACAAAGAACGUUUUGAUGAAGAAGGUUAUGGAAAAGGUAAAGACGGUCGCUCCGAUGAAAUUGAAUCCACGGGUUAUGUACAAGGUUUCAAAAAUAUUAAUCAAUCAUCGUCAAUAAAAAAAUGCAUGAAUUGA